AUGAUGAACCAUGAUGAUGAUGAUAACGAUGCUGUUAUGGAUGACUCACUCUCACAACAACCAUCUUCAUCACCUUCAUCACCCCUUACACCUAUACCAUUUGAAUACACACCUCCAACCCACCCUUUUAACCCACCAACAUUCUUUUCGGACAUCUUGCACCCUGGUGUUCCUCCUCCUGCUGCGGCACCACUUUCAUAUGAAGAUGAACAAGAUAUGGUGAUUUCACCUUCAUGGCUUACACUUGCACUUCCAUAUUAUUCACCGUCACCACAACCUCAGCUGUUAACUCCUUCUCUUUCUCCUCCACGUGCUAUUGUUCCUGCUGCUUCAGUUUCAUAUGAAGAAGAAGAAGAUAUGGUGAGUACAUCAUCAUGGCUUACACUUUCACUUCCAUAUUAUUCACCAUCACUACCACCACCACCUCAGCCAUUACCGGUUGAAUACAGAUCACCAUCAACACCUUCAAUUUCUCCUCCUAAUGCUAUCAUUAGUAGCAAUAGCGAGGAGCAGGGAAGUCCUUCAAGUAUUCAACCACCAUUCCCAUGGGCAACUUCAAAGCCCGCCACAGUUCACACUCUAGAUCACUUGUUGUAUGAUUUGAAUAUAAAGACUAUUCCAGGUACUCUGGAAUGCAAGUCUUGUAAGUUUCAACAGACUGACUUUCGUUUUGAUUUGCUUGAAAAGUUUGAGAAAGUGGCAAGUUUCUUCAUGGAGGAAAAUAUGAAUUAUCGUGCACCUGAUGUCUGGAUGAAACCGGUGUUUCCAAACUGCGGGAGGUGCGGGGAAAAAAGCACAAUGAAGCCGUUGAUUGGAAAGGCAGAAGAGAUCGAUUGGCUGUUUUUGUUUUUGGGUGAGAUGAUAGGGUGUUGCAAUCUUGACCAUUUGAGGUAUUUUUGCCAACAUGCUAACAUUCAUAGAACAGGUGCCAAAGAUAGAUUGCUAUAUCACACAUAUCUUGGUUUGUGCAAACAACUCCAUCCACAAUGA